AUGUGUUUAUAUAAGUACCUUGUUCUCUUAAACUGAAAAAUACAAAAGUGUAUGAGUGAAUGUGGUGCUUUUUCAUUCCAAUAUGGCAGAAGGGAUGAAGUCACUAGUGAGGACAACAAGUUUAUCAACAAAGAAUAGUUGGAUUAAGUUCGAUGCUAAUGGACAUAGUUCCUUACUCGAUGUAGACAAGUUUGAAAUCAUGCAUCAAGUUCGUAUUCAGGCUCGUGAUCUUAGGAUUAUUGAUCCUCUUCUCUCUUACCCUUCAACUAUUCUAAGUAGAAAAGAGUUUAUUGUUCUUAACUUUGAGCACAUCAAGGCAAUCAUCACUGCUAAAGAGGUGUUUUUGCAAGACCCAACAGAUGAAAAUAUCAUCCCUGUUGUUGAGGAACUAAAAAGGAGAUUGUUUCAAGGAGAUGAUCAAGAGAUGAAUCCACUUGAUGUUGAAAUAGAUGAAGAUGAUGAGUCAUCUUUUGAAUUCCGAGCACUAGAGAUAUUUCUUGAAUCAAUCUGUAGCUACCUUAGUGCACGAACUAUAGAAUUGGAGAUGGCUACUUAUCCUGCACUAGAUGAACUUACCACCAAGAUCAAUGCUCGAAAUUUAAACAGAGUUCGUAUAUUGAAGAGUGCAUUGUCAAAGCUUACUGUUAGGGUUCAAAAGGUAAGAGAUGAGAUUGAACACUUAAUGGAUGACAAUGAAGACAUGGCUGGCUUAUACUUAUCAAGAAAGUUGGUAGCUGCAUCAUCACCUAUAAGUGAAUCAGGUGCAGCAAAUACUUCAUCUCCCAUCACAAAGGUCAAACGUGUGGCAACAUUUACUAGUGAUGAAAAUGAUUUGGAGGAGCUUGAAAUGUUACUAGAGGUUUAUUUCAAUCAAAUCGAUGGUACUUCGAAUAAAUUGAUAACGCUAAGAGAGUAUAUUGAUGAUACAGAAGAUUAUAUUAAUAUUCAGAUGGACAACUAUCGAAAUCAGCUGAUUCAGCUAGAGAUAUUUCUUAUCGCAGGAGAACUUUCUCUAUCAUUUUAUGCAUUGGUGAUUGGAAUAUUUAGCAUGAAUAUUCCAUUUACUUGGACAAAAGACCAUGGUUACAUGUUCAAAUGGGUGGUUAUUUUUCCAGGAUUUUUUUCCAUUUCUAUAUUUCUAAUCAUAGUUGCCUAUGCUCGCAAAAAGGGGUUGAUUGGAUCAUGAAUAGUACAAUCAAUCUGAUGGAAAGGGGGCUAUUGAAUUAAUGACUUAAGGAUUCCUAUAAUCUUAUAAGUUAUGCUGCAUGAGUUUUUGGUUAUAAUUUAUUGGGAAAUUCAAGUAAGGAUCUCAAGCAUUUUUGAGGACUUUAACAUUAACUUUUUAUGAAAUUUUAUGUAUCCAAUGUAUUAUAAAUUGAAAUAUUCGAAGAAUAGUUUCAUAAUUUGAAAUCGUUAAAAAUGUAAAA